CCCCCAUCCACCAGGAAAGACUGAAUCAUAACUCACAAGGAGGAGCCGCUGCUGAGCACAUCUGUGGUUUCCCUUCAAACCUGUUCUGACAACUAGUCUAGUUGUAGCUGUAGUAGUGUGUGAAACUCCUUUUUUUUUUUUUUUAAAGAAAAGCAGUUUCUGUAGUUGUUGUUUUUUUUAAAGUGAACCCAACUGCUUAAAGACAGAGCGAGAAGUUUGGAGAGUUUGGAGCGCACAGAUGGCAGCCCUCAUCAGCGCGUACUCGUCGUGGCCGGAGUCCUUCGAGUGUCCUCCAGGAGACGGGGACGUGCCCGAUGGACAUGGCCCGCACAGGACCCCAGUGGACAAGGCACCGGAGCCGCGGAUCAGACGGCCCAUGAACGCGUUCAUGGUGUGGGCCAAAGAUGAGCGCAAACGGCUGGCGGUUCAAAACCCAGACCUGCACAAUGCCGAGCUCAGCAAAAUGUUGGGCAAGUCCUGGAAGGCCCUGACUCCCCCCCAGAAGAGGCCCUACGUGGAGGAAGCAGAGAGGCUUCGGGUGCAGCACAUGCAGGACUACCCCAACUAUAAGUAUCGGCCUCGCCGGAAGAAGCAGCUGAAACGCAUCUGCAAGCGAGUGGACCCCGGCUUCCUCCUGAGUGGCCUGGCCCCUGAUCAGAACGCCCUGCCCGACCAGCGAGCCCUCUGUCACCCCCUCGACAAAGACGAGGGCAGCCCUAAUGGCGGCAGGUUUUCCAGCCCCAGCCCUGCUCUGCCCAGCGUCAGAAGCUUCAGAGACCCGGCUGGUUCCAACAGCAGCUUUGACACCUACCCCUAUGGCCUGCCCACCCCUCCUGAGAUGUCCCCCUUAGAUGCCAUGGACCACGAGCACGUACCCCCCUCAUAUUAUUCAACGUCUGGUAGCUCCUCCGUCUCCUCCUCAGCCUCCUGUCCAGAUGAGCACCACCAGAAUCAGACUCACAUGGGCAGCCCGCCCCCUUACCACACUGACUACGCUCAGACCCAAAUCCACUGUGGAGGAACACACAUAGGUCACAUCCCUCACAUGUCCCAAACUGGUGGCGGUGGACUGAUCCCCGGCCCUCCGCUGUCUUACUACAGUACCUCAUCUUUCCCCCAGAUUCACCACGGGCUCCACCAGGGACACCUGGGUCAGCUGUCCCCGCCUCCUGAAACACAGGGUCACCUGGAGACUCUAGACCAGCUGAGCCAGGCUGAGCUUCUGGGUGAGGUGGACCGCAAUGAGUUUGACCAGUACCUGAACUCCACUGGGACCGGGUACCAUCCUGAGCAGGGCAGCAGCAUGACUCUUACAGGACACAUCCAGGUGGCUUCUGCUGCCACUGCUUCUGCCACUGCGUGUCCCAGUAGCACCACAGAAACCAGCCUCAUUUCCGUGCUCGCGGACGCAACAGCGGCCUACUACAACAACUAUGGCAUCUCGUAAGCUGGGUCACGGCGCCCGUUAUACAUGUCUGUCAUGACUGAUCAGAGACACUACAGGGUUUGAAAUGGGUGAAGGAAAAGUCGGGACGAUGUUGCACGUGGGUGCUAAUGGGGGAAGAAUUUCUGUUCUCUCGUCUGUAAUUUCAAAUCUCGUAUUAGCAUCUAUUAGCAACUUCCUCCCGCCAUAAUUAAAACCUUACUGAGCAAUAUGAUUGUCUGGAGCCGAAGAAAGAACAAAGAGCAAUUUGGAGGACUAUGAAGAAAGGGGAGAUGGACAACUCAGGGAUGCAGACACAAAAUACUAUAGUAUGCCACCUCCAGUUGUCAUGAAGUUUCUAAACCAGAAGAACAAUCGUAAAAAGACUUGUUGUCCACUUGUAAAUGUCACCAGUUACUGUUGCCACUGCGGCAUGUACAGAUGCUCUUUAGAAGCUAAUUUAAGUCCUUUGAUGUUUCGCAUAAAUGCUAACUGUAAUGCUAUUAUCGACGCUUUCCAUUCGAAUGUUUGUAUUAUAUGUUCUCGCUCUCAUUAGUUUGGGAGUCUUACCUCAGUAGUUGUAAUUGAAUGAGGUUUUAGUUGGACAUUUCUUAUGCAAUUUAACAAAACGGUGUAUAAUGAAGAAAAAAGGCGUUUAUACUUCCUCUCAAGUACUUAAUAAUAUAUAAUCAUAACCUCUACGAUGAAAAAUAAUAAUGGUAACUAUAACUGUAUGCUGAUUUAGGUUUGUGAAAGACAAUAAUUUAAAAUAAAGUUCAAUUUUUCUAUAAA